UCAAUAUUUGGAUAGAACAUUUUCGGAUAAGUUGCAAAGUGAAACCGAAAGAAAAACAAACCAUUGACUCAAAUUUCUUAGACCUCUGUAUCUGUUUGAAAAUAUAUGUUAUACAACAUACUCUUUUUAUGUUUAAUUUGUAAAUCCAGUAAAUAGGCAACAUGUAUGACGAGGAGACAAAUUUUGCCGGAGAAUUCUCUGGGUUUUCAGACAAAGAGAUACGACUGGGAUUUAUCAGGAAAGUAUAUGGAAUACUCCUGUCACAGAUUGCUGUUACCAUAGCAAUAAUGAGCAUCUUUAUAUAUGUACCUGCAGCAAAGGAAUACUCUUAUGCUAAUCCAUGGCUGAUGAUUGUUGCUAUGGUUUUGACCUUUGGCUUGUUGAUUGCCCUGGCAUGCUGUCCAGAUGUCAGACGAUCUUUCCCAACCAAUUUCAUACUUCUUGGUCUAUUUACUUUACUGGAAGCCUUCAUGUUGGGAGUUGUUUCAAGCCACUAUGACACUGAGGCUGUACUCAUGGCAGUGGGAAUAACUGCUGUUGUUUCACUGGCUUUGACAAUCUUUGCUUUCCAAACCAGGUGGGAUUUCACCAUGAUGGGAGGAAUGUUGUUUGUGUUUCUCAUUGUUCUCUUCUGUUUUGGAAUUCUGUGCGCUAUUAUACAGAGCAAGUUUGCAAGCCUGGCCUAUGCCUCCCUUGGAGCUCUCCUUUUCUCUGCUUACCUGGUGUUUGAUACCCAGAUGAUGAUGGGAGGAAAGCACAAGUACUCAAUUUCCCCUGAAGAGUACAUCUUUGCUGCCCUGAACCUCUAUCUUGACAUCAUCAAUCUGUUCCUCUUUAUUCUGUCCAUAGUAGGACAGGCAAGAGAUUAGCGUACCAGUCUGUAAAAUACUAGAGUUUUGUAAACCAGUCUGAAAUAUACCUAGCUUUUCAUUGGUUGAUUUUAAAUGUGUAUGUGUAAUAGGCCAAUGGUAAAAGUUGAAGCUUGGACUGGUUUCCAAAAAAAAAAAAUCCAGUUUUAUUGAAAUACAGGACUGGAAUCAAUGAACUCUUAUGACACCAACCAAAAGGAACAUUGUUGCACAAUCGUGUUUUUGACAUUGUAAUAUAUUACUUAUGAAUUUCUAUAUGUUUGUUUACUUUGUGAUGUACCAAUAGAUUUUGACAGUAUGACAUUUAUUGUUUAUCCUGUAAACAAUUAUAUAGUGGUUAGAGGGUAAAUUUGUUUUCAGCAAAGUUUCAAAUUUGUAUAGAAUGUAAAAAGCAAAAAGACAUACUUGUAGUUUACUUUAAUAGUGAUUUAAUGUAUCUUUUUUAAUUUCAAAUUUUUGUUCAUUUAUAAUUUGUGGAAAAUUUUGGGUAAUGUAAUUUGUUAUAAAAAGGUAGGGAAAAAAUGGUUAUCAUAAAAAUAUGUUUAAUAGAUUUGAGUGUUUUUGACAUUGUGUAAUUAGGGGUUAAAAACUUUUCUGUUUAAGAUAAAAAGGUUGCUUUGUUAGUGAUUUUAUGAAUUUAGUUAUAUGUUAGUUCUGAAUUUGAUUUUUAAAGGUUUUUUUUUUAACCUGGCUUUGCUAUUUUAUGAUUUAGAAUUUAUCUAUAAAUCAUGCUGUGAGUUACCAAGUUAAUUUCUUAUUUGUUGUGUAAUAUUUCACAUAUUUUCUGUUGGGGUUUCAUAUAUAAGUAUAAUUAUCCUGUCACAUUCCUUGUUACUUAUAUCUUUACAUUAAUUUGUGAACAUAUCUUUAGCCUUAAGCCUGCUGACAGCAACUGAUUGUACCUUUGCGAAACAGUGCAGACCAUGUUCAGCUGGCACAUGCAUGCCAUCUGAUCAUGGUCUGCACUGUUUAUUUCUGGAUAUGUUUCCCUUAAAUGAUGAAUGGGUUUGUCUGGAUUGAAAGAUGGGCAAGUCCAUUUCAAAUAUUUAGUGUGGUAAGGGUUAAACAGUAUAGAGUUGUCAUGGGCUGACUGUGAUCAGUAUAGUUAUUGUUAGUAUCUUGCUGAAAAUUAUACCUUUGAAAAUGAAAUAUGUAAAUUUCAGUUGAGUCAUUACCACCCUAAUUAUCUUAAAUUGACUUGUCCAUCUUUCAAUAUGGCUUAUUUUUAAGGGAAAAAAUUCCAAAUAAUGUACUGACUGAAGAGUGCAAACCAUUCUCAGACAGUACUGGUCACAUGGGUAGAAUCUGUUUCCUAGCAGGCUAAAGUUUUAUUGGGUGGUGCAUGUGUGAAAUCAUCACUAAACUGUGUGAAAUGAAAGCACUUUUAUUAGUAUUUCAUUAGUGAAUAUUUUAUUCUACUUGCACAAAAAUUAUUCAUAUGCAUAAAGUAACAACACCUUUUGCAAAAACUCACUCGAGAUGCAUUUAAUAAUGAUGGUAAAAAUAUGAGACCAGAACUAUUUUAUGGUUUUUAACAUAUUUAUAUAUUUUGUCAGUUAUAACUUUACACCCUUGAUAUGUUUAAAUCCCACCUAGGGCACUGAAUGCGUUCAUUUGAGGAAACUACCAUACCAGUUUGAGUAAAGGGGCAUUGGUGGUAAAGGGGCAUUGGUGGUAGAGAGGUUUUUACUUUGUCAGGACCUUAACUUCUCAUCACAGCUGUGGGACUGUGGGUUUGAAUCCUGCCACAGACUUGAUUGUGAGGAAGAAAAUCAGUUAGCUGAGGAAAGAUUUGGUGGUUCUGUUGAGGUACUAGCUGGUUUGUGAAAAAAUGCACAGAGGGCACCUGAGGUCCUCCUUCCUCCACCAGUAAAGAUAAAACGUGGUCAUAUUAUCUUUAUCAUAUGUCUGUUCAACAUAGAGGAAAAGAUCAUGGUUGUUUGAUGGUUCUGGUGCUUGUUUUUGCUUUAAAUAAUUUAAGAGGAGCUGCCCAUAUCUUCAUUUCUUGGACAGGACAUAAAGUUUGGUUUGCUUAUGACUGCUGGAUAAGAAGGCAUCGCAUUUUGAAGGGGGUAAUAUUUUCAACUUGUAUUUUGGUAUUGGAUAUGAAUGAUAAAAUGAUAUGAUGAUAAGAAAAUUGUUUUGUUGAAAUUGUUAAAUGUACCACAUAGAGACAAACACUUGAAUAAGCAAUGAAAAUAGGACCAAGUAGCUAUAUUUGUGAUUAAUUCUUAUAAAUUUUCAUGUGACACUGCUUGUUCAAUACUGAUGUUGAACCCUGUAUAGGUAUUAUACAUGUAUGUGAUAAGUGUAAAUAUAUUUUUGUUUCACAAUUGACAAGACAUAAGACUUUGUUAAAAUCUUAAACAGAAAAUCAUGACCAAAUAUCACUUAGUCUGUGUUAGCUGUGAAUAGUUUGUGUACAAAAGUGAAAUGAUAAAGUUUGAAGCCUGUGUAUAUAUAAUGAACCAGUAGUUAAUUGUUGCUGUUUUUGUAAUUGAAUUAUGCUUUUUUGUGCCCUAGUAUUGAUAGAUUUUUGGCAUGUUGUUUGUGCUUUAUUUGUUUGUUUGCAGUCAACUUUUAGCGUGACUUUAAUAAUUAUGUUAUAUAAGUAAGGGCCAUCAUAAUUUGGCAAUGCGUACUUCUGAAUAAAAGCUUCAAUUUGAUAAAUUGAAAUGUGACUAAGUUAACAGUCAAGGUAAAGUACUUUCAUUCAGACAAUUUUUACCAUUACAUUAUCAUUGAUUUACACAUUUUGGACAGGGGAAUUUGUGUUGUAUAAACAUAACUUUUUUUAAUGGAAAUGGUGAAAGUAAUCUCUAAUUUUUGAUUGACAGCUGAUUUUUAACACCUUUUAUUACUUUAUGGUUAUUACUUACAUCUAGGAAGACUUUAAGACUUAAAAUUCUACCCAUGUUGGAUGCAGUCAUUAUGAUUAUAAUUUUAUUUAGAUUGUUUGACUCCUUUAUUUUUGUUUGUCUCAGAUUUUUUUUUUUAAACAAAACCAUCCUUUUUAAACUGCGAACAUAUAAAUAUACUGUAAACAGUCUCAAACUAGUAACUUGUAUAUUAGUUUAAAGGCACAUUAUGCUUCAGAAAUGAAAAAAAAAAUUUUUAAAGUAAAGGGCAAAUAUGAGUUUUUAUAACGUUUAAAUGAUUGUUGUAGAGCAUUUUAGAUGCUUUAACACCUAGAAAAAGAGGCACUGAAUCUGAAUUUACUUGUCAUAAAAAUAGCAAAAUGUAAAAAAUAUAUUAACUUCCAUACAAAAUACUCACUGUAACUAUUCUUAUUUUGCUAAAAAGCGACAUACAAAUGAUGGAUCAGGAUAUUGGCCAAUGUGUAACUUUUUCUUGGAAAUUAUAAAAUGAAAUAGAAAAUAUAAAGCUUUUUAAGAAAUGGGCAUAAUGGGCCUUUAAACAUACUUUAUUAAGCAAAUAUACAAUUUAUCAGAUACUAUACCAUGUAUUUUACAUAUACUGUAUACAAGUACCAGCCAUAAUAAACCUAGUCAUUAUCUUUAUCUUUUGUUUUAUGUUUUUGAAUUACGUUUAUGUAUUCAUGUUUAUUGAUAAGUUAGAGAUUUAAUUUUUCUAAAUCAGCAUUGGUUAAAAAUAUGUGUAACUGAAAAAAAGUCUGUUACAGUACAAGUUUGAAACCAUGUGCUAGUAUCAUCAUCGGAUUAAAUGGAGGAAAAAGUUUGAGGUUCAGUAAGAAUGCUCCUUUUUUGGGGGGGCUUUUUGUCAUGGUAGUAUUUGAAGCUUAUACCGGUUUUAGGUUGUUAUACAUGUAUGUAUAUAUAUACUAGUAUAUAUGUAAUAGUUAUGUAUUCUAGUGGCAAGUCAAAAAUAAACUAUCAGUUUAUUUUCUAUAAACCAAAAAAAGAGAAGAAACACAUUUUAAUAUGUCAACUAUAUAUUUUCUAUUUAAUAUUUAAAACUUUUUUUCUUAAUUCUUAAAUGAAAAACUCACUUUUUUAAUAGGCUGGAUUGUCUUUUGAAUGGCAGGGAUGAUAAUGAAAGACUAAGACUAAAGGUCACUGGCAGUAUAUAGCCAGGCUAGCUUACAUAUCAGUACAGUCUGACUAUAGGCUCUAUACUGUUGGCUGACCAACUUCAAAUUUUUAUUUUGAAAUCUCAAUUAUGCAUAAUAUACAGUUCCAAAAAUAUGCUGGACAGGUCCAUUGAAAAAAUUCAGGAAUCUCAAUUUUAAUUCCCCUAAGUUUACAUUGGACUCUUCUAUUUCUAAAGAAGGGCAAGUCCAUAACUACAGUAAUGUAAAGGUCAAGCAGAUGACCUCUUGAGGUCAUGGACACAAAGCUAUUUUUGGAAUGAUUUUAAUAUCUAGCCCACCACCUUCCAUGUCCAUUUUGGUAAUUUAAACAUUCUUUGACUGUUUCUCAGAAUAUAACAUAAUGUUUAUCUUUAUUGAAGUUGUUGUUUCCAGAUUGAUUUUUGCAACUUUGUAAUCAUUUUAAUUGUUAAACAUUUCCAUAUCAUUUGUGUUUUGACUUUGUAAUAUAUGUAUAUAAGUUAUUUAUGUUAAUAAUAUGAGCACACAAUUCAGUUGACAAUACAAUUUUGUUGUGGUAAAAUACUCUUAAUGAUGUAAACCAAGUGUGAACAUGGUGAAAAGUUGAACAUGUAAAGAUUUUAUCAAACUCUUUCAUGUGAAAAACAAAUUGUUUAAGAAGAAUGAACUGCAUUCAUUCAUGUUGAAAUCUAGGUAACAUAACUCCAUUCUUUAUAGAUGGAAUUAUCUCCCUUGUAUAAAAAUAAAAUGAACAUUUGGCUACAUAUGAAGAUAUUUUAACAAAUACAAUAUACAAUCUUUACUACAUACAGUUUCUUUUAUGUGAUAAGUUUGUAAUUAGACUUUUAAAUUUUUAAUUUAAGGUGUUAUACCUGUAAUAACAAUCAAUUGAACAAUUUUGAUAUUCCUGAAACUUCAAGGUAUCUUUAUGUACUAAUUAUGUACAUGCUCUUAAUGUUUUCUGUCUCUUUAAAGACACAGUAUAUAUUUUGCUCAAAUUGGCCUUGCGCAGUGACUAUUUUUGGCUUCAAAAGCUAUAUUUCUGUAUUACAUAAAAGAUAGUCUCACCAAUCUGGCUCCCAAAUUUUUCUUUAAGGGCAUGACUGCUACAGGUCAUACUGGGUACUCACAGAGCAGGAAAAAUAGAUAGGCACUUACUAAAUAUAACAAUAUACAAAUGUAAUCAAACUAAGUUACAUGUACUUAUAGUAAAGGUGGAUGGAAGAUACUACUUAUAAUACAAUGUAAACAAGUAAAUUUUAUAAAAUUUUGUAGCCUCUAUUGAAAAAAAAAUUGCCAGCUAGGUAAUGAUUUUGAACAUUGUAUAAUUAUUAAUUGCAUGUAAAACAAGAUCAUAUCCUUCUAAAUAAUAAAUUUCUGAUCCAAUGUAUUUUGUUGCAGAGUUAAUUUUAAACGAUUGAAGAUAAAAUACUAUUUUGUAUGUUGUUGUGUUUUUUGCAGGUUUGUUUUAUUUCGCAAUGAAAUCUUUGCAUUUACAUUUGCAUGUAUUUGUUAUUCUACUGUAUCUUUAAUGUUAAGUAUCUGAGGAUCAUUACAGAAGUGUAACAAAGUGAACCUAAUUAAUGUGAGAUUAAAAAAGUGUUGGAGCCCCACAUUAAAUACUGUAUUGCGGUAUACAGCGUACAAGGCACUUAGGGCUUGAAUGAUUAAGCCUUUUCAUCCGCCGAAAUGAGUGAAAGAUGUUUUUUUUCAUCUUUAUACAUCAAUUUAUAUACAAUAAUGAAUGAAAAAUGUAAAAAUCAGCAAAAAAAGCAAAAAUUUUCUUCUUUGUGAUCAUGAUUUCUACAAGCGUCUCGAGGUACUGCUCCAACACUAAAUCCAAUAAAAAUACAGUUGAUAUUCAUAAACUACAGCAUAUUAUUGUCACAAAAUGAAAAUAAAGUUUCACAGGUUAUCUGAUAUGAUUGUAUUGUAUAAAUAGGUUUUACAUAGUUACUUGUUCACAUAAUGUUCAAUAAAUAUCAAUUGAAGUUUAAAUCA